AUGUCAAGCUAAGCUUCAUAGCAAAACAUAGAAAAUUUAGAUUAAGUAGUUUAUAAUCAAAUAACUGAAUAUAUUAAGCAGUAAAAAGAAGAAUUUAAUAACAUAGACUUAUAUGAACACCUUUAUAGGGUUUUCCAUAAAUUGAUUAGAGAGCCUAAUAAAUUUUGCAAAGACUUAGAUCAUUUUAAUUUAAUUUCAGAUUUUAUAAAAAAGAAUUCAUUUAAUUAUAAAUGCCCUUUAUCAGAUUCUGAAGUUAAUAAUAUACCAUUAAAGAUUGCAGAGCAUUAAGAAUGGAUAUCUAAAUCUGAAGAAUUGUUUAAAGAUUUUUCAAAACUCUCCUUGAACAGAUAAAAGCUAUUAAUCUAGAAUUUUUAUGAAGAUAGUUUAUUAUUAGAAACAGCAGGUAUUGGAUUCUCUGAAGAAGAGUCUUUUAAAAUAUCUUAGUCUAUUCGUAGGCUUGCUGAUUAAUAUUAGGCAACUUCUAUGAGAUUUUGGGGUAAAUAUUUAACCAGAGGAAAAGAUUACUAUGUUGCAUAAGGUCUCUAUUCUAAUGAGAAUUGUGAUAAGCUACCUGAUAAUUGUGAAUAAAAAGGACAAGGAGUUAACAGAUACACAUUUUGGGUUACACAUAAUGUUUUAGAGGAAUGGACUGAACUCCCUUUGAUUCAUCCUGAUCAUAUAGUUUAAGCUAGAUAAAUAAAAUAUUUGCUCACUGGCGAUUUAAAUGCCAGUUUAAAAACCUACCCUCUUUUUUAUGGAAAGGAAAAGCACUUCCUGAAGGCUUAACUUGUAAGAAUUACAUUUGGAUCAGAAUUAGCACCAAAAGGAUUAUACAGACCACCAGAAGAGGGUGAAAAUGACAUAUAACUUGAAGAUGAACCCUUCAAGCUUCCAGAAUAUACAGAAUUAUAAGAAUUAUCAACAUGGGUUCACAUGCAUCCUCCUUUGUUAAAAUAAGGAAGAACAACUAUAUAUGUUGAUCCAAAACUACCUGAAGAAGAAAGAGAAGCAAAGCUUGCAGAAUUAUAAGAAUAAGAUUAAGAUACUUAAAUUGAAAGAUUAAGAGAUAUUUCUUAAGAUAAAUCUCCUUUCGCCUUACCUGAAGGAGAGGGUGGAAAUGAAGAAGAAGAGACAAAUUGGUAAAAAAGAGAAUAUGGAGAUAAAUAACAAUUUAACACUAUCGAAGGAGAUACAGUUGUCAAUUAUAAUUGUGUUUCAUUUAAAAAUUUAACUUGGCCAGGAGCUCAUUUAGUAGUAAAUAGUUAAAGCUACUGCAAUAUAUAUGUUGGGUAUGGUCUUAAACAAAAUCAACAUCCAUUCUUACCAGUUGAGCCUAGUGAUAUGCUUGAAGAAUAAGAAGAUACUGAUGAGCAUCCUGAACCUAAUCCAAACAACCCUCCUGAUGAAGUAGAAUCCGAUAGUGACGAUGAAAAGAAGGAAGAAGAUGAAGAAGAAAAUUGA